ACAUUUACUAUAUUUCUUCUGUUGCAGAUAGCUAUUCUGGCAUCUACUAUCCGAAAUAUGGAGGGGAAGAAAGCAGUCUCAACUCUUAUGCAUCAGCUCAUGGAUGAUGGAGCUGCCCUUCACUUCACUUUAUUUGCAAGUCCACAAGACACAAGGAGAAGCAGGUCCUUAAAGACCUGGGCAUCUUUGACCUCAUAUCAAAAGCCAUUGAUUGCAGUGGAAAAGCUGCUUCCAUGUCUCAACAGGAGAGAACCAUCUUUGUUGGUGACUAGUUUCAUCAGGCUAAGCAGCGCCUUCGUCAGUAGGAACGUGCACAAAUGUGAUUCUUUGUGAUUCACUUGUUCAAAAUUGAUGGCACAAUACAAAAUUAUGAAGCCUUGGUUAUA